AUGUUAAUCAAACAUGUUCAACCCGUUUGGUUUCUCAAAGCCAUUCUUCGCAACGUUGCUAAGGAGAACCGCUUUUCCAGUGCGUUCGGUUUCAAAGUGCGUGUGCAGCGUUUCGGUGUGGUCGAUGAUUUGAGUGCGCUGGAUAUGGGCCAGCUUCCUGCACAAUUGACGCUGAAGCAAGCCCCCCAAAGGAGCUUCCAGUCCACAAGUAUGCCGUGGUGCGAUUCCCGUGAUCAAAGUUUAGUAGCCGGAGUUGUGUUGGAGCACACAGCACGCAUUGAGGACAUACACAGACCGCAGACCAUAGUAGUGGGUGAGUGA